AUGGACAGCACCUCCAGUCUAGGCGAUUACGUGGCACCACCAAUCCCAACAAAAUGCCAGCAAAGUACAGUUGAGCCAUUGUCGCAGCUCACCAACCAAGCAGAAACAACAUCCCAACUCGAGAGCGUCAGGUGUUACCAAGCGUCAGUGUUCUACAUGAAACCAGACCCUCUCUACGACAAAGAGAAGCCCUACUUCAUGAAUGUGCCAAUAGACCCGGCGUGGGUGCCGAAAAUAAAGCAGACCAACGUCUCUUACACACGGAAGACAAUCGCGGUUGCGGAUGUUCGGGGGUACGAACGGUUGUUUUCGUUAGACAAGCAUGGAUUUCGUCUUGAAGAUAUCCAAACUUCAUUGGAAUAUCAUGACUUCGCCAACACUGAUCUUGUUGUGACCCGGUAUUACCAGGAGGUACAGGUGUUCCUCAAACAAUACACUGGUGCGACCGAGAUCCUUCCUUUCGACUUCCAAGUGCGUCGCAAGGACCCGACACUUCCGUUGGGUUCCCGUGGUGCUCCCGGAAAAGCUCAGCCAUUUGGUGUUGUCCAUGCAGAUCAGACCGCAGCUGCCGCAAUGCGACGUCUAAGACUUUUCCACCCAGAUUUCGCUGAGAAAUAUGCCAAAAAGCGUUUUCAAAUCAUCAAGUAA